UGGCACAUUUUGAGGCUCAAAGCGGUAAUUUAUAACAUAAUGGUUACUAACGUGAGUUCUGAGUCGAAAAAUUUACAUCGCAACCCUUUGCUGGAGGGAGUUCGGUGGUCGGAAAAGUAUUCAGUACAGUUGAGUGUAGUUUGGAAUAUAUUACCAAAAUAUUUGAAAAAUCUCUUCAUUUGUGUUGCCGUUCUUUUGUUUGCAACUGUUUUGAAAGGUGAUUGGAUCGUUAUCGGUGUGCACUUGUGGAAGCAGUUUUGGGAGCGUGAAUCACAACUUGCGAGCGAUGGCAAUCCGGUGCAUUCCAUAUUGACCGAUUACGGACUUGAUGGAUUGUCGUACUUUAUAGUAUCAGCCGUUUUGGGAUCUUAUCUCAUCUACUUUGCCAUCGGUGGAUUCAUUCAUUGGUACUUUUAUAUCAACCGACGGGAUAAAGCUCACGAGUGGAAAUGCCAGCCGGAAAAGUUUCUGUCUCCCGAGUUGGAGCUUCACGAAAUACUGGUUGGUGCGUCCUCUCUGCUGAUUGUGAGCAUUCUUUCCGGUUUUGUCGCCUGUUAUGCUCUGAAUGGAGGAAAAGGGCUUACCAUCUACUAUGGCUGGAACGAGUAUGGGUGGCUUUGGUUCGCGUUACAGUUCGUGACAAUCUUCGUAUAUCAGGAUUACACAACAUAUUGGGUUCACCGGAUCUUUCACUGGCCCUGGCUGUACAGGAAUUUCCACAAGCUCCAUCAUACGUACAAGCAACCGACGGCAUUCUCAGUAACGGCCAGCCAUCCGGUGGAGAUUAUUUUCACUCAACUUGUAAUGCUUGUACCGAUUGUCACUGUUCCAAUCCACUGGGCUCCAUUCUACGUCGUAGUGGUUUAUGCCUAUUGCCAUGGGAUUCUAGGUCACUCCGGUGUUAAUUUCAAAUCCUUCUGGUGGCAACCAUGGCAGCCGGAUACCAUCUUUCAUGACAACCAUCACCAGUACUUCCACGUCAACUUUGGAUUCAACAUCUACUACUGGGACAUUCUGCACGGGACGUAUCGCCAGAAGGACCGUGUCUAUUCGGAGAGCAUUUUUUACGGCCAGGGGAAGGGACUGGCCGAGGUGUCCGAGGAGGUCCUGCUUUCCGAUAUGGUCGAGAGGAAUUUGGAAAAUCCGCAAGCAUACCGCAACAGCUUUCACCGCUACAAACUGGACGAACAUGACAUGGCUAAAUUCGUCGUGAACAAUAAAGUUAAAACAAAUUAGUUGAGAACGAGA